ACAGCAACCCUGGCAAGCUUUGGUAUCUGAUCCGUUGGCUUAGUGAGGGGGGCUCGCUUGUUCAAUUUAAAAAGAAUUGAAUAUAGAUCUAUAGCUUUUCAAAAUCAACAUAUUGUUGUUCUGUUCUAGUGAUCAAGAUGCAUAGGUCAUACCAAUCUAUCCUUCCCACUCAUAACAAACUUCUUCAGAAACGCUGGGACACGACUUACUACGAUGAACACAGGAGAAAGGUGCGUGAUGCUGUUCCUAUGGUUGACACAAAGGCUCCUCCUACCUACAUGCAUCUCCACUUGAAGUUGAAGAAACUGCAGUUGGAGGAAGAGCGACUGGCCACAAUUGAAAGAGAUAACAGAAUUCUGUUGGAGAAGAUGUCAUAUAUUAUGAGAACGCGGGGCAGAGUCGACAACAGAAAUAAUUAUGAGUACAAGAGUUUGAACCGUGAAAAGCGUCAAAGAGAGUUGCUGAGGGUAACCAAGGAAAACCAGGCCAUUCUGUACCGUAUCAACAUGAGGAGACCUGAGUACAGUCACAAGAAAUGGCAGGAAGAGUGGGAAGAGAAUCAGAAGUUCAUGGAUAAUAUCUCACACUAUCCUCAGGAAUGGUGGAUUCGGGAAUCGCCUAAAAACUCUCCAAGGCAAACUGCAGGUGCUGAUGAAAGUGCACGAGAUGAUGAAGAGGACCUGAGGCGAGACCAAGAAGCUCAGAAGAAAAGAGAGAAAGAGGAAAAGUUAGCUGAACAACAGAGGGAAGAAGAUGAAAAGAAGAAGCAAGAGGAAGCUGCAAGAGAGAAAGAAAAGCAAAGGAAAAAGCAAGAGGAGGAAGAAAAGCGUAAAGAAGAGGAAAGACUAAAAGCUGAGGAGGAGAGAAAACGUAAAGAUGAAGAAGAGGCACUGGAAAAAGAAAGACAAGCUGAGACAGAAGCCCCAGUUGAAGAGGAUAACUCUGGCAACAAGCAGAAUGAAUCAAAUGCGUGAACAGAAAACUGACUUAAGAUUUGUUAAAGAAAAUAGCUCACUCUGUUGUUUUCCCAGUGUGUUUACCUUCUGUCACGUUUCGAUGUUAUUUGAAGUGACAGGUUUUAUUGUACGGUACUGCGAAAACGUUGUUACAUGUUUUGAAAGCCAUGUAUAUAUCUGUGCGUAUGAUUUCAUCAAAAGAAUGUGAAAGAGAAGGAAAUAUGGCAAAGGUGCCGGAGAAACGAAAAGAACCUGAAUAGGAGAUUGUCAGUGAUCCUUCUCUUAGCAGUGUGCUCUAUUGUACCCAUUUCCAUCGUCACAUGUGUGUUGUAAUUUACUUUUCUUUCUCAAAUGUUGAUCUCUGCCCUCCAUACAGUGGCUCUUUUCUGCUUCUAAGAUGUUCCUUCAGCCAUUUAUGUCAUUAGAUAAAGUGAUUGUUGUUUUGAAUGAAUAAAUAACUAUCAUGUUGUUUUUUUCG